AUGGCUGCAGUGGAAUUGCAAGAAACCUCGAGACUAAUCAAUUACUACCUUGACUUCCUUGCUUCUGAAAAAGCACAGCGCGCAGCUGCCUAUCAACCUACUCCUUGGGAAUUACUCUCUCCUCAAGAACAACGCGCUCGUGCCCUCGCACGCGUCCAACUCAACGAAGAAAAAAGAAUCGACAACCUGUUUGCCUGGAAUUCCCUCAAACGCGAACACAAGAACAGACGACGCGAGAUUUUAGCAGAACUCAAAGCAAAAAGACUCAAUAAAAUGUCUAUUACUUCCAACUCAAGCGCUGCGUCUACCCCAGUCGCUGAAACCGCAGCUAACAGCCCCAUUACGAAUCAAAUAACCCCGACUUGCACGGCCCCCUUCCCCCAGCCUCGCGACCAAGGCGUAGCAAAUCAGCUGGAGGAACGGGUCAACCGCCUCAAGCUGAUUACGAUCCAAAAAAAGCUAGCACCUGUCUCAGUCGCGAGAGCGACGGAGGAGAUAUUGGUCGAGAGAGGCUCAACCACGGCCACCCCGGCUCGAGCUACGAGUCCGAGCGCCGCGACUAUACCAAAGACCCCAAGGAACUUGGUCCCAGCGAUAGCUCCUGCGACUACAGUCCAAGAUCACAUGGACUUGGAUCAAGCGGUGCAAAACACGCCAGUCCAGAACACGAAUCCAGUGACCACAGCUUCGGAAGCGAUGGACGUGGAUCCAGAAGCUUCAACCUCUUCGGUGGAUAUCCAGCUACUCCGCAAAUUGCCGGAGAAGCAAGUGUUAUCCAAGGAAGAAAGGAUCAAACACCUUGUGAAAGAGCAUAUACACCUCUGGAAGAGGUGCACAGUAGCCCAACAGUCCGGCGCGAUGGAAGAUCUCAAGAUACUUCUCCAUCAAGCGCAAGACAGUCAAAAGGUUCUUCAGAAGUUAAUCCCUCGCAAGGAAUUAGAAGAGUUCGUCAAGGGCUGGAACCCUUGGACGAUCAAGAAGGAACUGUUUCCCACCGCGCCGAAGAAAAACGACGGCAAGAAGCGCUCCUCAUCCUCCAAAGGAGCGAAGGAGCUCUACAACGACCCAAACCGCUGGAAAAUGGUCAUGAGGGGUUGCAACACCCUCGAGGCGGCAUACCGCCACAUGGCGGAUUAG